UUGGAAGGGGCCGAGUCGUCGCAAGGACACAUUUUCGAUUUUUGAGGCAGGUCAGGAAAAUGAAUAGCGAUAAGUCGACUGGCCAAAUGCGCAUCGAAUGCCUUAACUGCGGCUGGAACUUUCCAUUGAUUGCUUGGCGGGCUCUCCGAUCUGACAGCUCAUCUGCUCGGGGCCGUGUUUGUCUAUCCGUCUGUCUAUACGAUUAUUGCUGUUAUCGAUCUCCAAAUGCAGUAGUCUUCAAAUUUUGGUCAAUUUACUCAAUGCUAGAGACGCGAAAGAUAGUGAACGGUGUAUUCACUUGGUUCGAGUCCGAAAAGACACAGGAUUAGACAAAGUUCGAAGUACCGUAAAACUGGAUAAACCGUUGUGAUAUGUAUGCGGUACAACGGCUUAGCAGCGCAGCACGAACAGCGACUGCUACGAAAAUACGGUCGACCGGCGUUCACCAAAAUAACAGCUCUGUGCUCCUGGCCUAUGUUUUGAUACUACUGUUACGGGUGUCCUAUUGAAGACAGCACUGACCAGUCGACGAUAAAUUUUUGACGUGUUUAUGCUUUUUGUGAUCUGUGCAUAGAAGAGUACUUUUGCUUCGGAAUGAAAGCGGAAUAGACGCGAAGAGAAAAACACUCCAGAAGAAGGCAAGAUCCUGUUAGAAGGAAAUUGAAUAAGGAAAUGACGUUAUAGAAUUUGCCAUUAGAGUAGUUUGUCGAUCUUUGUUGGAUUGUGCAAGUUAAUUUUCACACCAAACUAAUCUGCUGUCAGAAUAAACUCACAUUUCUGGUUCUCAUGAGACUGUUGCCAAAUGAGUGAGAGUCAUCGACACUUCAAAAAGCGUAUAACAAAGAACGUCCAAAUCAAAACCCAUUGCGCAUGAUUCAAUGAAUGACUUCAUUACCCGUUGUAUUGUUGCAUGAUACGCGAACAUAAAAGGAAUACCCUGAAGGUAGCGACUCAUGACAAAACCACAUAUUGCAAAGCCUUGAAUAUGCUGAAUUAUGACGUGAGCAUCACCGAAGUAAGCUGCGUCCGACUCGAUGAACAAGAUGAUUCCACUUGACAACUCGUCAUUUUCCGAUUCAACCCGCUACGAUAGGAAAGCGUUUAGCAGUCACUUCAAGUCAGUGCCAAUGUUUGGUGUCCAUGUACGUGUUUAUGCCCAAUAUUUGGACUAAACUCUGAUCUGGCUGGGGGCGUUCUCUCUGACAUUGCUGUGCAAGUCAAGGGAAGGCGUUUACGUUAUUUUAUAGUUUGCAAAUAUGCUCAUGUGAAACCGGAGGUGCCAACCGAUAUGUUCCGUGUAUGUCUACUUCAUUUUCCCCAAAGUUGAACGUGGGUUAAAUCGAAAUUAGCACGACUCGACGUCCGAACUACGGUAUUUGUAUACGUUUGGAAAGAGACGCGGUGAACUAACAGAACUUGUGAAAAGUGAAGGACCGCCUUCGCAGACUGGAAGAGUUCUUUUCCGAUAAAUUUCUUUAAUAAUACAUUUGCAAAUUCAUGUGCAUAGAAGCUGUUACCACGUAUAGUGGGACACUAGUGCUAUCAUUAUCCAGCCAUCAGUUUCGGGUUGCAAGGAAGUAAGUGGAGCAAAAGUCAGGGAGAGCACAUAAUUAACUUAAUUACGCAUAAACCAAAUAAAAAAAUAUCUACAUAAGAUUCGCAAGCCAUAGCCAUUAACGAGAUGAUCUGAUUAGUCAGUGGAUGAUCUGGGGGUGAAUGGCUUAUUUUUGAUUCGCUCAUAAUGCUGCAAUGCCAAAUUACUGGCUUUUACCGCGCCUCCUACAUCUGGCCUGAUCCAUACAUGAACCGCCGUCUAGAAGCAGCUUUCUCUGCGGCACAACUGUACUUACGUGGCCUACGUCAGAGUGCUCGUUGAUGAUGCUCAACCUAACAUAUCUUCAUUUUCAAUUGCGCCGUAUCGACAUACCGCGAUCAGCAACAAGGACUAGAAUUCCCGAAGUGAGUGACCUUGGCAGAUUGUCCUCAUUGCGGCGAACGCAAUGAGGACGUUGGGUCCAUCCAAAAUAUUAAAUACCGUUGGCGAUGGCGACAAUUCAGCUGACGAUUUACGAGCAGGUCAAGAUCGUAAAUCUCGCAAUCUUAAUCCACAAAACUACGGCGGAGGCGAUUGUGGCGUGAAGAACACAGCGACGAUAGAGUCUAGUACUCAAUACCGUAUCUGCCUCGUAUCAGACUUCUUCCACCCGAAUACCGGCGGAGUGGAAACCCACAUCUACCAACUAGCGCAAUGCCUCCUUCAGAGAGGGCAUUCAGUCAUCGUGCUCACGCAUACAUACGCAGAUCGCAUUGGCAUACGCUACCUUACCAACGGACUCAAGGUUAUCCAUAUACCAUUAUGUGUGGUUUACUGCGAGUCAGGCCUGCCGACGCUCUUUUGUCCCUCUCGUCUCAUCCGGAACAUUCUUGUGCGAGAGCGCGUCCAGAUUGUGCACUCGCACGGAGCAUUUUCAAGCCUGGCCCUGGAAACGCUUGUCCACGCCGCCUGCCUUGGUAAUAUCCGGAGCGUUUUUACAGACCAUUCUCUUUUUGGCUUCUCGGACGUGUCUGCUGUUAUAACGAACACAUUACUCAAGCUUUGUCUUCACGUUGCUGAUCAUGUUAUUUGCGUUUCCGAGGUGGGUCGGAUGAACACAGCUCUUCGAGCUCGAGUUUCCCCUGAUAGAAUCAGCGUCAUCCCAAAUGCCGUUGAAUUUGCUAUGUUUGCGCCACCGUCCGAACCUCGGCAGAGUGAAGACACUGUCAUAAUUGUCUUGUGCCGUCUCAUGUACCGAAAAGGCAUUGAUUUACUCGCUCAGGUAAUCCCAAUCAUCUGUCGCCGUCACCACGACGUUCGUUUCUUCGUGGGUGGCGAUGGGCCUAAGCGUAUUCUCCUGGAGGAGGUCCGAGAACAUUUCAAGCUACAAGAAAGGGUACUUCUUCGCGGCAAUUUGCGACACAACGAGGUGCGCGACUUCCUAGUGUCUGGAGACAUUUUUCUCAACACAUCUCUUACCGAAGCUUUCUGUAUGGCUAUUGUUGAGGCUGCAUCGUGCGGCUUACAGCGCCACACGACUUUCAACUUUCAGGUAGUUUCAACCAACGUCGGUGGCAUACCUCAUGUGUUGCCACCAGAGCUGAUCUGGUUGUGUACGCCGUCGGUGCAAUCAUUAGUAUCUGGAUUGGAACAAGCUAUUCAUGCAAAGCGUUCCGGAACUAGGAAAGUUUCUCCAAAUGAUACAAAUCGUCAGGUAUCCGAACUCUAUCAAUGGAGUUCGGUUGGUGUCCGAACGGAACAAAUCUAUCAUAAUGUCAUGUCACGGGAUAAACCGUGCAUUGCCAAAGCGAUUCAGUCACUGUUUUGUAAAGCGACUCUUUUCGAGUCUUUAUUUUUUUCUUAUGUGCUUAGCCUUUUAUAUUUAAUGUACAAACUAUUCAGCUGGGUGUACCCGCUCAACGAAGAUGAUUUUCCGAUCAUCUAUGCGCCAAAAAAUCGUCGAAAAAAAAGUGGUCACAAGAAUAAUCACCCACAGCGAUAACGAUAGUCUGCGAGAAUUAACCCUUGUGUACAGAAUCACCGGAAAAAUAUUUUGGGACCCAUAUUCACAAGACUCGCUCUUAAAGUGCCGAAGAUUGCGGAUAGCGGCAGCAAGUAGACCACUGUGAUCCAAUAUCUAUUCAUGCAUAUAUAUGUGUGUAGAUGUAAAUUAAUUUAAACAGAACGAAACAAAACCAAAAUAGUAUAUAAAUAUGUGUGUGUAUGAAAAAGUUAUGUAAUUGAAGCUGCAUUUGUAGCUGAAUAAAGUAAUAUUUGUACGUUUAUAUCAAAA